AUGUCCCACGGAUUAUCUGCCGAUACGCGGAACUCCUUUCGUGUUCGUGCGUGCGACAAUUGUCGGUUGGCACAAGGGCCAACAUCACCCAAUUUUGGCCCUGUUCUUGCACGUCCCAUUACGGCACCUCAGACGGCGCCUACAUUUGAAGGUCAAUCCUCAUUCCAUCAUCAGAGUCUUCUAGCCAAAGAUGCUGUCUUUACUGCAGUAGGGAGUGCACAGAGUGGCCGGCUCGAUGACAAUGUCUCUGCUGCCCUAUCAUCACUGAAGGACAGUCUAAAUCGCCAUCAGGAACCCAGUAGUCAGAGACCACCGGAACCCGAAUUCUCCACAGAAGAUCUAUUACCAGUUGAUCUUGUCGUCGCUAUAGUGAAACGAGUGAAAGCCCAACCUCCAUUCUUCCUGGUCAGUCAGGCCUGGAGAGAUUACCAGCAACUAGAAUCACUUUGUCAAUCGGUGUACUUUCCACUCCAACCAGUCGCUGCUGGGUCGUUGUCUUUACUACACGGCUUACUAUACUAUAUCAUCCGAGACUAUAUGCACGAGAAACCUGCCGACCUCGCCCAUUAUGAUCUAUCGCCAAGUGCAGCCUUUUGCGAACGGAAGCUUUCGUCCUUUCUACAAAGCAAUGAGACGAUAGUCAAUCCCACCCUUGAAAAACUCCAAACAUUGCUCAUCGGCGUCAUCAAAUCCCAGGAAGAGUCAGAUCUGCAGCGCUGUUGGACAUAUCUGUCCCUAGCAUUUAACAUGUGCCAAUCGAUGGGGCUCCACAGGUCAUACACGCUGACAAACGACAACUUCUCCGUUGCUGAAUCGAAACAACAUGUCUUCUGGUCACUUUAUACUAUCGACAAAAACAUCUCCCUAAACUUGGGGUUGGCGUCUCACUUUCCUGAUCACGAUAUCGACGCAGAUCUCAUUACUCCUUCAACUGAUCCAAAGCAUCGCCCAUGGGACAUUAUGAGCCUGGUUAUCGUGGAGUUCGCCGGUAUCCAAGGCCGUGUGUACGACGAAUUAUACUCCAUCGCUGCAUCAAAGGCAUCCGAUGAGCAGCGAUGGGCUGCGAUCGAUAAACUCUCAUCUGAUAUGAUUGUUGUUAGGAACAAAUUAUUAGCCAUAGACGUCAGCCAAGGACUCUAUGCGGAGUCAUUGCACGGGAUGGCUGCUUGUGCUGACUUCGUCACUUACUCCGUGCUGACUGUCAUCUACCGAGCGCAAUCCCGCCCUCGGGAUGCUACAGCAAUCUCUUCACAGUGCUAUGAAACUGCAACCCUGGCCUUACACAGUCAUCUGAAGUGCUUCACAUACUUCCGUGACCGUCAAACCCACAAACAGACUGAAUAUGUCAAUUCGAUUCUGUUGUAUCCAUCCUUUGUACCGUUCGUCAUUGUCUUUCUCCACGCUAUCACCAGCUCUAGCUCUAGCGAUUUGGCUCUAUUACAGGAUACAGUCAGGUCCCUCGACUUGGUUAAGGGCUUGUCCAGUGGUUCUAUGCACCUUUACAGUAUAUGCGAAGCAUUUGCAAAAACUGCACAGGUCCUUGUUGGUACACAGCAAACCCUGACUGGGCUCGAAGAAAAUCAAGAUGGCUCACUCAUUAUGCCGCCUUCUUUUGAUGGCUCCACGAAUAUUGCGCUACCGGAUGUCUUCUGGCCAGAAGAUAUGUUGGACUCCAGCAUGAACCAGGAGGAAAUAUCUACUUUCCUGAACGACUUUAUCGGUACAAAUAGGUCUGUCAUGGAUAUCUUAAACUCCAACCACUCAAGCGAACUUCCGCUUUGA